AAUAACGUGAGGGGAAUAAAUGUUGACGGAAACCAAAUUAGGAGCACUACAGUACUACACUUCCUAUGGAAAAGUAGUUUGAGUUGUUUUGGAAUCAUGUAUGAACAAAUAGAAAGUCAGUCCUUGCAAUCUACAACACGUAAUUGAAUUUGCUCCUUAUAUACAUACUAAGUACUAAUACCUUUCUUCUGCCUUUGGUUCCAUUCUUCUUUGCAUUGUCUUGCUUUAUAUAAUUAACACCCUUCCACUUCCACUUCUAUGCCUCUCUACCUUUCUUAAAAUAAUAACAGUUAUUCAAUAGUCCAACUCAUCGUCGUCAAAUGAAGCUGAGUGACGAAAUGAAGUUAUUGAUUCUAAAUGUGAACUUGCAUGAUGAGAAAGCAAAGCAGAAGGCCAUGAAAGUGGUUUCUAGCAUUAAAGGAAUUGAGUCAAUAGCGAUGGAGAUGAAGGAGAAGAAAAUGACGGUGGUUGGUGAUUUUGACGCAGUCAAAGUGGUAAUCACAUUAAGAAAGGUAUGUCACACAGAUAUAGUGUCACUUGGACCGACAAAUAAUAAGAAGGAUGAGGGCAGUAAUGAAAAAGGGAAGAAAGAUGGUGAUGACAAGAAUAACAAGGAAGAUGAUUCAAUUGCGGAGCUUGUUAAGCUAUACAAAACCUACAAUCCCCACAUGACCAUGUACUAUAACGUUCACAGUCUCGAAGACAAUCCAAAUGCUUGUAUCCUUCUUUAACUUUCCAACUGGGUGCUCUUUAAUAAUUUGUAGGUAGCUUCUCUAUAUGCAUGGAGCUAGUAAUAAUUUAUAAUUAAAUCAAAGAUUUAUAGUAAUUUACUAGACAAAUCAUUUCUUACA